AUGACGGUCAAAAUCAUCUUAGCGCUGCGGCAAAAGGCAAAUGUUUCAAUUGAUGUAUUCCAAAAGAAGUGCAAAGAGGAGCGAGGACCGUUGAUAGCGAGCCUGCAGACGUCUCUUCGACUUGUCAAGUAUGUUCAAAAUCAUAGGCAAUGCGACAAAUCUGACGAUGAGCUGCGCUCUGUCCGUCCAAACCUGAUAUCCUCCGAGUCACCUUUUGACGUGAUUGAAGAAUUUUGCAUCGACGACACGGAUGAUGGCUUUGCGAGAAGCUUUCGGUCCCAGAGGGAGGUAUGGAAAGUCUUACGAGAUGCCUGUGCGGAUUUUCUUGACUAUUCGACUUCUUUCUUCGUGCUGGUGGAAGAGCGGACACUCAUCUUGCCUGGAUCUCCAGACAUGAUAAUGGCCUCGGAGUACAACUCAAUCAACAAGGCUGUUGCAUUUGCGGUGUCGUCCACCAACUCGAAUGGAGCGCAGUACUGGAUGCGGUCACAUUCCACAACCACCCAAAGAUGGGGGCCUGCCUUGGGACUCAAGAAAUACGCCCAGAACGUUCCCUACGACCAUGACGUUCUCAACGAGCUGAGUGAGGGGUUUGGAACAGUCAGGCCGCGCUAUGAUAUCUGUGCAACCAUGUGGUUCGAUGGAAACGCUCAAUUCGGGAACGCCUAUGUGAAAGCACUGGCAGCCAUCAGGGAGGAUGAGGAUUCAGGAUUCCUAACCCCAAAAUCCAUGACAACCUCUUUGGUAAAGGAGCAUAUAUUCGUAGAUAAAUACCGAACGUGGUAG